AUGGAGAACACUCUCACCAGGAGCCAGAGCUUGAAGCCCCCGAGGCGCAAGCUUCAAAAAUCGGAUCCCAGACUCAAGUCGAAGCGUGGCUCUACAGAGUCCGGCCACAGCCUCGACGGUUCCUUGUACUCGCCAACGCAUCGCCGUGUUUCGAACGGCGCUCCCGACCUGAGCGAUGCCAAGUGGAAUCACUACCUUCGCCCCGAGACCGUGGUUGACCCAUGGUUCUCAGAGCCGGAAAUGCCGCCCGAGCCGCGGGGAUUCUUCAGAGAGCCGAGAGUAUCGCGGGCUUCCUCUCAGCGCCAAAUCCCCGAAUUUUCGCACCUCACAAUCCAGGACCCAGAGAGGCGGCCCUCGCUUGAUAAUUCGUCGAUUUCUUCGCCAGCAUCAUCAGCCUCAACUACAUCCACCAUGCGACGACAAGCCAAGACGCCCGUCUUCAAGAUUGGACAGCUGGAGCAACAUGCCCUGGCACGGAAGGGAUUGGAUGUGCCGGAAAAGACAACCAGUGUCGACCUCAUCGCUGAUCAGUAUCGGGAGCUCCUUGAAUCGAGGGACGGCUACUCCGAGCAUUCAUUCGGCCACUCUUCCUUCGACAACCACUCAUUCGACCAUCACUUUGAAGAGCCCGGUCUAAUGCCGCACGAUACUCUUCAAGUACCUCGCAGCGAUCCGUGGAGAUUAAGCCCAUCAUCUUCACGCACCAACUCGCCUGCUCCGAUAGCCCCCCUUCGCCAGUCGAAACUACGGACUCCAUCUGCCGCCACUCGAGACACCAACCUGGCGGCAUUUGAGGGGGAUACUAUUUACUUCAAGCCUUACUCGUUCUCUCCCCCGCCUUCUCCCGACCAGACUCCCCAGUACCGAUCAGCAACCCCCUCGGGUCACUCAUUCCAGGAGAAUGUCAGCCUGCAGAUCGCUCUCGAUCUGCUCACCAGAGAGCUCUCCUCCGUUGUCGCAGGUCGGCCGCAGCACAAUGGCCGCGACACGGCAGCGCUGCAGGUCUGGGUCAUGAUCGAAGCGUACGAGAGGCUACGAGAUCAGGUCACGAGAAUCGAAUCACCAAACGGACGGUGCGAGAAGGUCGGGGCCAUGUUUGACUGUUGGUUGGCUGCUCUGUACUCGAUCCAUUCCUCACUGACGGGCGGGACACUGCCGAACCCGCAAGAGUAUGCAGGGCUAGAGGAGGAGGUGGAUUAG